AUGAAAGCCCUCGUCUACACCGGCCCAGGAACAGUCUCAAUCCUCGAGCGUCCCAAACCCACCAUCCAAGCCCCCACAGACGCAAUAAUCAAGCUCCUGCACGCCUCAAUCUGCGGCACAGACCUGCACAUCCUCAAAGGCGACAUCCCCAGCAUCCAGCCCGGCCGAGUCCUCGGGCACGAGGGAGUAGGAGUCGUCGACGCCGUCGGCUCCGCCGUACACAAGUUCCAACCGGGCGAUCGAGUCCUCAUCUCAUGUAUGACCUCCUGCGGGGCGUGUCGGUUCUGUCAGCGCGGGAUCGCAUCGCACUGUGUCUCAGGCGGGUGGGUGCUGGGGAAUCGUAUCGACGGGACGCAGGCGGAGUAUGUGCGUGUACCGCAUGCGACGCUGUCGCUGCAUGCGCUGCCGCUGUCGAUUCCCCCGCGCGAUGCGGUCGCCGUGUCUGAUGCGUUCCCGACGGGUCUGGAGUGUGGGGUGUUGAGUGCUAAUGUCCAGCCCGGGGGGUCGGUGGUGAUUGUGGGUGCUGGGCCUGUUGGGAUGGCUGCGCUGUUGACAGCGAGAUUGUAUACGCCGGCGCUGGUUGUUAUGGUGGAUCUUGACGAGGCGCGGCUGGAUACGGCGAGGAAGCUGGGUGCGCAUGUUACGGUGCGGUCUUCUGACGAGGAUGCGAUCCAGCAGCUCCUGGAUUUGACCAAGGGCGAAGGGUUUGACUCUGUUAUUGAGGCGGUUGGGGUGCCCGCGACGUUUGCGCUCUGUCAGGAGCUGGUGGCUGUGGGAGGGCGGAUUGCGAAUGUUGGCGUGCAUGGGACCAAGGUGGACUUGCACCUCGAGACGCUGUGGGAUCGCAAUAUCAGUAUCCAUAUGUCCCUGGUCAACGCAACUACGACGCCGCAACUGCUGCGGCUGGUGGAAUCGGGCAUGUUGGAUAUUGGCUCGCUGGUGACGCAUCACUUCCCAUGUACGGAGGGAGACACGGCGUACGCAACCUUCCAGCAGGCGGCGCAGCAUCAGGCGCUGAAGGUGGCCAUCGACUUUGAGUGA